AUGGGGAGAGCGACACCCACAACAGACAUAUUGCCUGAAUGCCUCAUUCAAAAAAUAUUCUCUUACCUUAGUUUUAAAGAAGCAGCCAAGAAGAGCAUUCUCUCCAAAACAUGGCUACAUGCAUGGUUGACUCUUCCCAACUUGGAAUUCACUGUUGAUUAUCUCAAAGACAAUACGAAAAUAGUCGACAAUAUCAUGGAGAGAUAUAGGGACGGGAAAAUCCCUAUAGAAAAGUUUGAAUUAUCAGACUAUAGUGAUUCUAUUGAAGUUUUCGUUCUGAUUGAUAAGUGGCUUGACAUUGCACUUCAGAAUGGUGUAAAAGAUCUAGUGUAUAGAGAUUUUAGCUGUUCUUCCUCAUACCGCUGCCCUAUUUUCACAAUCCUGGCGGCAAAAUCUUUAAGAGAUUUGGUUCUUUGGUGUUGUAAUCUGAAGCUUGUCUCGUUUACAAGUAGUGUCGCAAACUGCAAUUCUUUGAGAAAGCUUUCUCUAAUUGCUGUCCAUUUAGACGAAAACAUGCUUCAGACUCUACUUAGCAGUUGUCCCUUGAUUGUUAGUUUCAUCCUAGAGUAUUGUGAUGGGUUGGAAAAGAUUGAGUUGUUGAAUCUUCAGAAGAUCAAGUCAGUUUCCAUUCGGACACAACAAAACCGACUUGUUAAAAUCCAAGCACCAACUCUUGAAAACUUGACUUAUUCUAGUUAUUCAUCGGAAGAAUUCGAUGUUGUUGAAUGUCAAAAUCUGAAAUCUUUAGAUAUAUCACAUGUGACGAUAUCUGAUGGAUUUCUCCAGAACCUUAUUUCCAGAUCUCAAUCCCUUAAGAUGUUGAAGCUUCAGUAUUGUCAUGGCACAGGGGAUAUUGAUUCCUCGAACUUAGUAUCACUUGAGUAUAUGGGAGAUCAAAUUCCUGAACUAAAAAUUGCAAGUGACUCAAGAAAAUUGAAGCACUCAAAAAUAGUUCUUCACUGCUACUCUUUAAAUGUUGCAUGGUUUUGUAAGUUGAGGAAGUUUCUAUCAGAUUCGACCUCUUGGUCUCAAGUUUCUCUUUAUGUUGUCAGUUUUAAUGAGAUCAACAUGAAAGAUAUGCGACUGGAUGAUAGAGUUCCUAUCCCCCAAGUGGACGUUUUAGACGUAGAAAUAGAGUCAUCUCGGGAGUGCCCAAUGUUUGUGGAUGCUUUGCUUGGGAGUUGUCAUCCUAGGAGACUCAUCCUAACGUCAACUAAUAAAAUGAUUAAACAUUUCAUCAGUCAUUUCAUGUAUAUGAAGAAUUUGAGUGAUUCUACUUCUUAUGGAAACAAGCCUUGGCAUGGUCAAUUAAAAGAAGUAAAAGCCUAUAUAUUUGAUCGGAAAAACUCGAGCUGGCAAGUUGUGGAACUCAGAAGGGUAAAGCUGGCAAUAAUGACCCUUAGCAGGAGCCAGAAGGUUCAAUUUCCAGCAGAGACAAAAACAUUAGGCGAUUUCUUCCCAUCUGUUCUAGCCUUGGGUAAUAGAGUUACCUGGACUACAGAAACAUUAAGCACCUUUUUCUAG